AUCAAAUAUUUCACUGAAACUCACUGUUUGUUUGGAGAUAUGGGAGUGAAAAGGUGAAGACAGGUGAAAACAGCCCUACUGACUUACAAAUGAAUCAGUGUCUGAGGAGUUUCUAUAAAAGCAGGUACAGUAUGUACGACUGUACUCUAAACCUGUUAGGCUGGUGUUCAUAUCCUUCCUACUUCCAACAGCAGGUUGCUGCCUCUCUAGGCUGGUGUCUAAAGACAAGCUAUAGCGUAACAAAUGACAACAAUGAACAUCAACACAGUCAACAGUCUUCCAUACGAGGAUUUUGUAAGUGUUUUCGGCAACGUGGUGGAAAACUAUACCAUCGUUGCUGCUGCUGUUUGUCUACAGCGUCCUUUCAACAGUCUGAAUGACUUGGAGGCCGCAAUCUGUGACUUCAUUGAUGCUCUGCCAGAAACAGGUAAAGAAGGAAUCCUCAGGUGUCACCCAGACCUCGCUGGCAGGGACCUCCAGAGAGGAACCCUGACCAAGGAGUCCAACGAGGAGCAGGCCAGAGCCGGUCUGGACGCACUGGAGUCCACAGAAGCCUCACGCAUGGCUCAGCUCAACCAGCAGUACAAGACAAAGUUUGGGUUUCCUUUUGUCAUCUGUGCUCGCAUGAACGACAAAGACAGGAUUUUACAGCAGCUUUCUGAGCGCUGUGGGAAUGAGGUGGAGCUGGAGAGGGAGCGCGGCAUAGAGGAGGUGAAGAAGAUCUGCAGCCUACGUCUCCACGGCCUGGUGAACACUGACAAGUUGAGCAAAAUGUAAAGUAUUCUUCUGCCACACCUGCAAGAAAGCCAGUUCCC